AUGAAUCUUAUCCGCAGGUUCGAAGCAUCCCCCAAGGCCUCCAACGUGACACCGCCGAUGAAGACAGGUGCGCGACCCGGUGCGACGCCUCAAGCAAACCCGGGACACGAAGCUGGUGGCAAAGGUCUCGUGAGCACGACCAUGCGCGCACAUUUCAAGGAGCUUCUGUACAGGUCCCAUAUUCCGGGCAUGAAGGUGGUCUUGGGUCACCAAGUACCGGCAGGUCGACGCGCAUGUUGGGUACUGGUGCUUGCCGUCUUCACGGCGCUUACGGGCUGGGACAUCGUCAGGACCGUGACCGAGUUCCUGGAGCGACGCGUUGCAAUAGACAUCGAGUUGUCCGAGAUAGAGGACGGCCAACUGCCACUGCCGGCCAUUACUGUCUGCAACAUGAACCAGAUGCGCAGGUCUGUGCUCUGCGGCAACGACACGGACCUGGAGGCUCAGGAGGGCACUGCAUACUGGAAGGAACGGCUGUGCAACGGAAGACCGAUAGAAAACGUCUGGGCAAGCAUUUCGUCGAAGCGCUCACCCUUGUUGCUCGAUAGCUCACUGAUGAGCGAAGAGGUGCUGAAGGAAGCGGAUAACUUCACGGAAUGGGUGAUGCGAAUACAGCGGGGGAACAUUCGGCUGGGAAUGCGGAUGGGACACCAACGCGAAAGCUUGUUCCUCGAGUGCACGUUCGGGUCGCUCAACUGCCGGAAAGAAAGUCUCCUCUACGCAGUUCCGUUUGGCCGUUACGGUACCUGCUACUGUUUCAACUUCAAGAACGGAUUUACAUUCGCCCCGGAACACGGAAACGACAUUUUAAACGGCCUCCGAAUGGUGCUGGACACUGAGAUUGAGGAAUACCUGCCACUGUCGGCAGAAGUCGGCUUCAAGGUCAUGAUCCACGAGCCGGGAGUGGAGUCGGACUACAAUCGCAACGGAGUACACAUCCCACCGGAAUUCGCCUCAUACUUACGACUUGCCAAGAUGACGAUACAAAGACUGGAGCCUCCGUACCCGGAGCCGUGCCGUCAUGACUGGCCACCGGGAUACAAGGACAUACUCUUCACCCAGACCAGCUACACGCGGGAGGUGAUACCCGGCUAA